AUGUCUGGAUAUUACUACUGCUCCCAGUGCGGAGACGGACCACACAACACAUUCUACAACCCCACCUGUCCCAACUGUUUCCGGUCCCAGAACAACAGCCAUCAAACCAUCAACAUGAACCACUACGCCUACGGGUCCGAUGCCCACGAGACUGCGAGCUACGCCACCACCGACAUCAACUACAUGGGUGUGGGAUAUCCGUCCACUGCUGCAGGCCUCUCAGGCACCAACUUCCCCUUCAACCAAUGCCCGACACAGCCACGAAACGACCAUUGGGUCUGCUGCCAGUGUGGACAAGGUGGUGGAAGCGUUGCCAGGGAUGAGGGGUGUGCGACUUGUUCCAAUCACUGGCGAUGCCCUGAGUGCCGAGUUUAUGAUGCUUCUAAGAAGAAGUAG